CCAAGUGCAACACUUAGUUUUAAUUUAAUUUAGUACGGUCAAAAUGCUUAAGAAGCUGCUGCAGCGUACCGACUGUUUGCUAAAUGAAAGGCAACGCUAUCAAUUCUUUGCCACUGUGCUCAUUAAUCUCAUAUCUAUAGCACAUGGCAUAGGCGUAGGUUGGCUCUCCCCCAUUUUGCGUAAGCUGCAGUCUGCAGACAGCCCGCUGGAAUUUUCAUUAAGUAUUGCGGAAAUAUCCUGGGUGGGCUCUGCUCUGGGCAUGGGCGCUGUAACUGGCAAUAUAUUCAUGGGCGUGGCACUCAAUCGCAUUGGCGCCAGACUGGGACUGCUAUUCAUAGCAAUUCCACACUCAUGCUUGUGGAUUUUGGUUUACUUUGCUCAAAGCAUGGAAUAUUUGUUUGUUGGACGCUUUCUCGCUGGCAUUUCAAGCGGUGGCAUGUACAUUGUUCAUCCCAUAUUUCUAAGCGAAAUUUCAGAUGCCAAAGUACGCGGCACAUUUGGUUCGAUGGUCAUGCUUUCCGUCAAUAUAGGCAUACUCCUGGGCUAUAUACUGGGCACUCAUCUGGCCUAUCAUGUUAUACCGCUUGUGGUGCUCAUCUUUCCUUUGAGCUACUUCAUAUCCACGCUUUUCUUUAUACGCGACUCGCCCAUGCAUUUGAUACGCAAGCGCAAGUUUGCAGCUGCCGAGCAGUCCUUUCGAUAUUAUAAGAACAUAAAGGAUAUUGCCAGUUCGGCUAUGCUGGAGUUUGAGCAUAUGAAGCAUACGCUUACCAGUGCAGCAAAGCAGCUGGACAAGCCCACGCUCCAGGACUUUUUUACUAAAGCUGCGCUUAAGGCCUACGGCAUAGCCUUUGUGCUGCUUAUAGUGAAUCAGUUCAGUGGACUCUUCGCUAUGGUCAACUAUAUGUCGGAUAUAUUUGCUGCAUCGGGCAGCACUUUGAAUCCAGAUAACUGCACUAUUUUCAUAGGCGUGGUGCAAAUUCUGGGCACAUACGGAACCACACUACUCUGUGAUAUAUGGGGACGCAAGAUAUUGCUGGUGGUUAGCUCAGCGGGCGUCGUCUUCAGUCUAAGUGCUUUGGGUCUGUUCACUUACUUUGCUGCGCGUUAUGAUCUAAGCGACUGGAGCUGGUUGCCGCUGCUUUGCAUGUCGCUUUAUAUAUUUUUAGGCAACAUAGGUCUAAUUGGCUGUUUCUUUGUUGUGCUAGUGGAGCUAUUUCCAGUUAAGAUACGCGCACAGGCUGCAUCUAUAGCAAUUGUUAUAUGCAGCUGCUUUGUCUUUGUUAUGCUCAAUAUAUUGCCUUUGUGCAUGGCUAAUUGGGGUCUGCCCGCCACCAUGUGGUCCUGUGCAGCAAUCACAGCCUUUGGUUUUGUAUUUUUCGUUUGCUGCCUCAACGAAACCAAAGGCAAGUCCAUGCUGGAAGACUAAACAAGACAACGAUGUAAAAUACACAGCUUUUUAUUUGUUAAAAUUUGUAUUUAUUCAUGCAUAAAGUCAGGCUUAUACCGCAUUAUGUGACGCCUGCUGCAGCUUUGCUUCAUUUGAUUUGAGUGUUUUUUGAACUUAAACCAAGACAUACCGCAUUAAAAAUUUAUAGUAAUAC